GGCGGGGCGAGGCGGGAAAAGUUCCGGGAAGGCCGGUUGUCGCUCCCGCUACAGGCAGAAGUUCGAGGUGCUCGGGUCCCCAGGAAGGUCCACCGUCAUGUCGUCUGGGAACGCAAGGUCUGGUAGACAGGACGGCACCCCGCGCGCGGCCGCCGCGCUCUGUAGCCUGUACCACGAGGCGGGCCAGCAGCUGCGGCGCUUACAGGAUCAGCUGGCCGCGCGCGACGCCCUUAUUGCGAGCCUCCGCACCCGCCUAGCGGCUCUGGAAGGGGACACGGCGCCGUCGCUCGUGGACGCGCUUCUGGAUCAGGUGGAGCGCUUCCGUGAGCAGCUGCGGCGGCAGGAGGAAGGAGCCACCGAGACCCAGCUGCGCCAGGAAGUUGAGAGACUUACUGAGCGGCUAGAAGAAAAAGAGAGAGAGAUGAAGCAGCUGAUGAGCCAGCCUCAGCAUGAGCGAGAGAAGGAAGUCGUCUUGCUUCGGAAAAGUGUGGCAGAGAAGGAACAAGCCAGGGCUGCCAGCGACAUUCUGUGCCGCUCCUUGGCUGAUGAGACCCACCAACUACGCAGGACAUUGGCUGCCACUGCCCACAUGUGCCAGCAUCUGGCCAAACGUCUGGAUGAGCGACAGCAUGCACAGGGAGACACUGGGGAGGAAAGCCCUGAUGAGCUAGGGCAUACAAGCAGGAAUGCUUCUGGCAAGAAUGUUAUUGAGAAGUUACAGGAAGAGAAUCGACUAUUAAAACAGAAGGUGACUCAUGUAGAAGACCUCAAUGCCAAGUGGCAGCGUUACGAUGCCAGUAGGGACGAAUAUGUGAAGGGGUUACAUGCUCAGCUAAAGAGGCGGCAGGUCCCUCAUGAGCCUGAGCUGAUGAAGAAGGAGAUUUCCAGGCUUAACAGACAGUUGGAGGAGAAAAUAAACGACUGUGCAGAAGCCACACAGGAGCUGGCAGCUGUGAAGAUGGCCCGGGACACUGCGCUGGAGCGAGUGCAGAUGCUAGAGCAGCAGAUUCUUGCUUACAAGGAUGACUUCAAAUCAGAAAGGGCAGAUCGGGAACGAGCUCAUAGUAGGAUUCAAGAACUGGAAGAAAAGGUCAUGUCUUUGAUGUCCCAAGCAUCCCAGAGACAGCAGGACUCCAGGGAGCCAGGACCCUGUCGGAUUCAUACGGGGAACAAAACUGCCAAGUACUUAGAGAUGGAUGCACUGGAGCAUGUGGCACCUGGUGGAUGGAGGCCUGAGCCUGGGUCCCAACAGAUGGAACUUCCUGCAGAGGGUGGGCAUAUCUGCAUAGCCCAUAGAGGUCAGGGUGACCUUCAGUGCCCUCACUGCCUAUGGUGCUUCAGUGAUGAGCAAGGCGAGGCAUUCCUCAGGCACCUGUCUGAGUGCUGCCAAUGAGCCAGAGCCACCAUGCCCAUUGUGGCCCUAACCAGCAGAGCUGCUCUAAGGGGUUGGGUAGGUGUCCUCACACUGUCCUCAUCUCAGUAUGUUACAUUCUGAUGGAAUCUAGGGUCCACGAUGGGCAGGGGCACUCAUACGUCAUUUUUGUUUUGUUUUGUUUGGCAAUGGGUCAGACUGGGCCAGAGGGAACUAUUGGCAGAGCAGAAGGAAGAGAUGGGAGCAGGGGCAGCAAGUGGGUAUCAGUCUUGUCUCUCACAUGGAGUUUGGACCCCAGCUGUUGAUUCAAAGUUGCAAACCAUCUGGUGUGGGAGUAUCCAGAGGCCUGCUUGCACCUAGAGUUGUGUUGCUUGCUGGAAGGAGAAGGUGCUGUGGGAGCAGGGUGUCCUCUCCAUCCUGUAGUACAGUGAGGUGUCUCUCAGUCUGAUCUGUGCUGCACUAGUUGCCAGUACACUAGCACCUUCCUGGACACAGCAGGGUCACAGGGGUGCACCCAGUACCAUCACCUUGCAAUAACACUUGUAUUUCCAGAAGUGAAGCACCUUUAUUUCCUCAUCAUUUACUUUUAUUUUAUUAUUUUUUUUUAUAAUAAAUGGACUUACUACUGUGUUGCUCUAAGUGUUGGGCUGGAUGUGUGCAGGGAUGAUUGGUGUUUUCUGGCUGCUUAGGAAAGACCACUAGUAAGGAGAAACAUGCCUGCUGUCUUCCCCAAUUCAGAGGUGUGAAGGAUAGCCCUGCUUGCUAAGGCUUCACGAGCAGAGGCUGCCUUUGGAGUUGAGGAAUGAAGUCUACCAAUUUAGGGUUUUCACCCUUAGAAACUUCAGAGAACCAGGUAAAAUCCUGUAACCCCUGACCUAUGUUCCACACUACCUGGAGAAACUCUAGGAUAUGUGGACUGAAACCUGAUGUUUGAAGGAAAUGGGAAAUGGGAAACUGGCCAUCCUUUGACAGAAGCAAGAAGCUGAGUUUGAGUUUGGAACUCUGAUACUCACUUUUUUUUUUUUUUUAAGUACAGAAUUGUUACAGUAUUCAGGCAAGAGGUCAUUGGAUAGGGUGAUGUUAUGAGCCACAUAAGUGCUGGGUACUAGCCCAGUGCUUUGCCUUGGGACUCUUCAGUCCUGUCCCAGGACAUAAAGGAAAGUGUAGGUAUGAAGUAGGAGGCAGGCCAUACUGACAAUGUAUAAGGACUGCUAAGCCAGGGCAGCAUGUGAUUGUGUCAUGGUGUGUCAAAUGAUAAGACAAGGGGGGAGCUGUGUGCUAAAAGACUGUGCUGUGCUAAGGGUUUGCCAUGUAUUAAUUCCAUCCUUGUAACAGUUUUAGAAGGCUGUAUCAUUCUCAUCACAGGUUAUGGUGGUAUUUUAUUUGUACUGAAAUAUGAUUUUAUUUGUAUGUUAAUAAAUUAAGUUGCCUGGGGGUCAGA